AUGGUGCGGUGCGGCGGGGCCGCGCUGCGGAAGUAUGGCAGCUUCAUCGAUGCACUGCGGCUCUACGUCCGAGGAGGAGCAGGGGGCAUGGGCUACCCUCGCCUGGGGGGAGAAGGAGGCAGAGGUGGUGAUGUCUGGCUCAUCGCUCGGGAGAGAGUUACCCUGAAGAGCAUAAGGGACAGAUACCCUCACAAGAGGUUCGUGGCUGGGACGGGAGCCAACAGCAGUGUCAGAGCACUGAAAGGUGAAAAAGGAAAGGACUGUGAGGUUCACGUGCCCCUGGGAGUCUCAGUGCUCUCUGAUGAUGGCAGGGAGAUUGGAGAGCUUAAUGCAGCAGGGGAGAGAUUCUUGGCAGCUCGUGGGGGUCUUGGAGGCUCUCUGGCUACAAACUUUGUGCCCUGCAAAGGGCAGAGGAGAAUUGUUUGCCUGGAUUUGAAGCUCAUAGCAGAUGUUGGCCUGGUCGGGUUUCCCAAUGCAGGAAAAUCAUCCCUGCUGAGCAAGAUGUCUCAUGCCAAGCCCCAGGUCGCCAGCUACCCGUUUACAACAGUGCAGCCUGAGCUGGGCAAGCUGAUGUACACAGACUACAAGCAGAUUUUGGUGGCUGAUCUGCCAGGCCUGAUCGAGGGUGCACAUGCAAACAAAGGGAUGGGCCACAAGUUCCUGAAGCACGUGGAGAGAACCAAACAGCUGCUCUUGGUGGUUGAUAUCUCUGGAUUUCAGCUGUCUAUCAAGACUCCUUUCAGGACAGCCUUUGAAGCUGUUCUGCUGCUAACAAAGGAGCUGGAGCUGUACAAGGAGGAGCUUCUAAGCAAGCCUGCACUUCUUGCUGUUAAUAAAAUGGAUUUGCCUGGUGCCAGGGAAAAUUUGAGUGAACUUCUGAAGCAGCUGCAGCAUCCUCAUGACUUCUUGCACCUACUGGAGGAAGAAAUGAUUCCUGCAAAGCCUAUGGAAUUCAAGAAUAUAAUUCCUAUAUCUACCUACACUGGAGAAGGCAUCGAGGAGCUAAAAGCCUGUAUCAGGAGUUCCAUAGACGAGGAAGCAGAGCAGGAGAAUGAGGAAUAUCGGAAGAAGCAGCUGCAGCUCCUCCAGCCCUCAGCAGGGCAGGGGGACAGAAGGUAGCAGCACUGCUGGCUGAACCCACCACAGCUUCCUGCUCUUAGUAUGGACAGAGAGCCACAGGCUGGGGCAGCUUGGAGGGGCCUCAAGAUAGGCAGUGCCAGCCCCCUGCCAUGGUCAGGGACACCUUCCACUGGGCCAGCUUGAUUAAGGCCUUGUUCAGCCUAGCCUUGAACACCCCCCAGGGAGGGGGCAUCCACAGCCUCCCUGGACAUGAACCCCUGUGCAGCCCUGCCAUUUAAUUUUUGCUCCCUCUACCACCAGUGCCUGUCUAUCUGCUCAGCCCUGUUGUGUUGAUGUCUCUCAGCACUUGGGUCCAGCACAGUGGGGUAAAGAACAGGUAUUUCUGUUUGAUGUUGGUAACCAACUCAGCAGAGGAAAGACCAGAACAUGCCCAGCACAAAGUACUGCCCACUAGUGAUGCUUCCUGGAAUGUUUUGUUUUGUUUUCCAGGUGAGGUGAGUGGAAGGAAAAUGUCUCUCACAGGUAGGGAAGGAGCAGGUUCAACCACUGCAUCUUCUGCCUUGGGUGUCAGAAGCAGAGCAGUGACAGCAUCUCCUUUUGUGGGGAACAACAUGCUGGGUGUAUUUCACGUUUCUGGGAACAGCUCAUGUUCCAGCUCUUGUAUUUUAAGGAAGCAGAUUGACACUUUCCUUGCUAAAUUAGGACUCUUUCUUGUACAGGACAUUUCUGAUCCAAAGCUGUUAAACUGAUUUCAAAGCAAAAGGAGACUGAAUACAUCAAAGGCUUCUCAGCUUGGGCUGG